AAAGGGGGAAGAAAGAAGCUGCUGGCCAAUCAGCUUCCACAUCGUGGAUGCCCUGGAACUUAGGUAGCCAAUCAGCGCCACGUGAAGUCCCGGCGCACCACGUGGGCGGAUGCGUUUCGUGGUCUUUGCAGAGCCAAGUCGGGGGUGAGAUUCCGAUGCACGUGUGGAUAUGAUAAUAGGGGGAUACUUUUGCAGGAGAGCAUACCAGGGAUGCGCCCAUCCUAAUGGAGCCAGGCUGCAAGCGCCGGAAAACGGGGGAGCUGAAUGGGGCCUCCACAUGGGACGUGCUUCCUGUUCUUUCUGAGAGGGAAUCCCAGAGUGUGGUGCUAAUCCCCGCCUUUGCCGCACCUGUCCUGGACAAGAAGGAGGCCUGCCGCCUGGUGAAGGAGGUCUCUGCCGCCUACCCGCUGGGGGACCACCCGCACUUGAAACGCGUCCGUUGCUGCGUCUCCGCGGAGAGCGCCCACCCACUGGAGAUGAUCCUGUGCCUGGCCAGCCCCAGACCAGAGCAGGAUGGCUCGCAGUCCCUUGCUGCCCUUUUCCCUGAUGGCCAGGUCGACCCGCGUGGCUUGGGGGAGCCUUUUUUGACCCUGGUGCCAGCCUUCCCGCCUUUGACCCGCCCCCAGUAUGAGGAAGCCUCCUCGCACUGGCCUGUCUCUUUCCAUGAGAACAAGCGCAUCAGCCAGGCUCUCAGCGGCUGUCUCUUCACCCCCUCGGAAAAGGCCGCCAUGCAAAGCCAUAUGGAGCUGGCUAUCCGUGCGGCGCGAGAAGGUGCGCGCCUCAGCAUGGAGCCGGUGGGGGCCGUGGUGGUUGACCAAGCUUCUGGGAGAGUUCUGGCGGUGGCGCAUGACUGCAGGAAAGGCUUCAACCCGUUGCUGCACGCCGCUAUGGUUUGCAUCGACCUGGUGGCCCGCGGCCAGGGAGGUGGGGCGUACUGCUAUAAAGAUUACCCUGCCUGUACCUUCCUUCAGUCGGAUGGCGACUCAGGCCAUUCCUCCUCGUCAAGCGACGGGCUCCCCUACAUCUGCACCGGCUACGAUAUGUACUUGACGCGUGAGCCGUGUGUGAUGUGCGCCAUGGCUCUGGUGCACUCGCGCAUCGGACGGGUUUUCUACGGCGUGCCGUCCCCCCACGGCGCCCUGGGGACCAAAUACCACAUCCACUGCCGCAAGGACCUGAACCACCGCUUUGAGGUGUUCCGCGGAGUUCUGGAAGACCAGUGCCACAGCUUGGCACAUAUUUCGGUGCCCGGGGAAUCAGGGAAAGACAGUCCUUGAGGAGGAUAUUUCUUGUUAUGCUUCCUUUUUAACUUUUUAUAAUAUAUAUUAUGUAUGUCUUAUUUUAAGAGAAGUAGCGUGUCUGCGGAGCUUUGGAAUGUGUACAGUGGUACCUCAGGUUAAGUACUUAAUUUGUUCCAGAGGUCCGUUCUUAACCUGAAACUGUUCUUAACCUGAAGCACUACUUUAGCUAAUGGGGCCUCAUGCUGCCGCCGCGCCGCAGGACCAUGAUUUCUGUUCUCAUCCUGAAGCAAAGUUCUUAACCUGAGCUACUAUUUCUGGGUUAGCGGAGUCUGUAACUUGAAGCGUAUGUAACCUGAAGCGUGUGUAACCCGAGGUACCACUGUAUUUGUGUGUGGGGAGUUGUCUCUCAUUUUUACUCUUUUUACUGUUCUUUUUUUUUUCUUUUGAAAUACAUUAUUUAAAAAACAGUCAUGUGUCUGUGGUAACUGGGAAUUUGGAGUACCUGAAACUGAGCAGUGACCCUCUACAGAUUUUUGGCACUUGUGAGAAUUUUUUUGUGCAUUGUGAGAAAUAAUGACUAGGGAAAACCUCUACUUAUAAAUGGUCCUAUGUGCAGUUUUGAGGUUCAUGAGUUGGACCUGCAAGAAAAAGUUGCAGUGCGGAAAGCCCUUGUUCAGGAUAUUAGGUAGCCAGUACCUCCUUUCCCUUGGCCUGCAGCAGUUGGUCAACUUUCCACAGCUACUGAGCAUGUCCAGUCCUCAUCGGUGUUUUGUGGUCCCCUCAGUUUUUCUUUCUAAUAAUAAUAAUAAAUUUUUAUUUGUAUCCUGCCCUCCCCGGCCGAGGCCAGGCUCAGAGCGGCUAACACCAUAAAAA